GGCUCCCUCGCGUUAGACUUGCUGUGUUGUGAUCACGUGGGCAGCUCCGGGCGCGGCGCUUGUUUUGGUUUCCCUCUAACUUGCCCACGGCAGCUUCUGGGUGAGCGACUUUCCUGCACCUGCCCACACCCUGACCUCGUCUUCGGGCUCUCUCAGCCCGCAGUUCCGCAAGCCCCUGGGGCGGGCUCCUGCCAUGCCGCUGGUCCGUUACAGGAAGGUGGUCAUCCUCGGAUACCGCUCUGUAGGGAAGACAUCUUUGGCACAUCAAUUUGUGGAAGGCGAGUUCUCGGAAGGCUACGAUCCUACAGUGGAGAAUACGUACAGCAAGAUAGUGACUCUUGGCAAAGAUGAGUUUCACCUACACCUGGUGGACACAGCAGGGCAGGAUGAGUACAGCAUUCUGCCCUAUUCAUUCAUCAUUGGAGUCCAUGGUUAUGUGCUUGUGUAUUCUGUCACCUCUCUGCAUAGCUUCCAAGUCAUUGAGAGUCUGUACCAAAAGCUACACGAAGGCCAUGGGAAAACCCGGGUGCCAGUGGUUCUAGUUGGGAACAAGGCAGAUCUCUCUCCAGAGAGAGAGGUACAGGCAGUUGAAGGGAAGAAGCUGGCAGAGUCCUGGGGUGCGACAUUUAUGGAGUCAUCUGCUCGAGAGAAUCAGCUAACUCAAGGCAUCUUCACCAAAGUCAUCCAGGAGAUUGCCCGGGUGGAGAAUUCCUAUGGGCAAGAGCGUCGCUGCCAUCUCAUGUUCCUCAUACACUGAGUCCAGUUGGCUGCCACUCCCGUCCAAGUUUUGUAGCCUUUGAAGAUCCCCUUAAUUACAGAAACACCACCCUCUAGUGGCCAGAUGCAACAUGCUGACCUAGCUGUCUUCCUGGGGCCUCAGCAUUUGCUUGGACUCAAAGCAGACAGGGUUUCAGGAGAACGAAGCCCCUCAUUCCUAAUGAUGUAAGAAUUGAGAAGGAGCGUAGAGGCAGAGAGACUAAAGUGUUGUGAAGACUGACUUCCCAAGAGUGUUGAGUAAAGUAAGAAAUAAUGCAUCUGGUGCCUAUCAGUCCCCCUGGCCCUCCAUGUCCUCAGUGUCUUUCAUUAAAAUGGCUGUCCUUUGCUCUUUUCAUACCUUUAAUCUUUUUGUACUUUUCACACCUUUAGUGUUCUACUUUUUUUAGGUGUCAAAGGCUAUUGGUUCUGCUCUUAUGGACCUACCGCCUCAGUAGGAUUGAUAUUUCAGCUAGGAAAGUUUGGUCCCGUUUGCCUCCGCUUUUCUUGAUCCCCACCCUCCCACCAGCAUGAUUGCCUAACUAGUCUAAUACCUCCUCCAAGGACGUGUAAGGGUUACUUGAAUGGUAGAUCUUCACAGGGAAGGUACAGACCUCUUCUGACAACUGGGGGAGCCCGAGGUACCUGUCAAUGUACUUACUUGGGAAGGAUUGACAGAACCUAGAUGUGAUUUUUAGCUGUGACUUUGUCAGUGCCUGGCUCCAGGCUUACAGUGGGGAUAUGGCUUGUCAUGCUGAUUUUCAAAAGUCCUGACAGCUGCUUUUGCUUUUCUGAUCCAGAAUCUAAAAAGAAAUAAGGGCUGCUAGAAGAAACAUACUCCAAACAACAAUCUCACUGGCUUAGAAGGUUCUGGGAGGUCACUAACCUCUCUCCUUAUACUAAAAUUAAGUCCUUUUGCACAUCUGACCUGGGAUACUCAUUACAGGGGCCUACUUUCCCGCUGCCAUUUUCACGAGGUCUGGGGUAGACUUAGAAACAUCUAAAGUUUUCUAGUUUAUCAAUAAUCUCAAGGCCUGGGGACAGUAGUGAUAGCGGUUAAUAGCUCCUCCACUUAGCUGUGUGGCCUUGGGCGGUCACUUAACCUCUCAGAGCCUCCAUUUCUCAUUUAUGAAGAGUGGCUAAGUAUGCUUCAUAGAGUUGAGGUGAAAAUUAAAUCAGGUAAUAUAUGCAAAGCUUACUACAGUUCUUCACACAUAAUAAGUCCUUAAGAAAUAGUGGGUGGCAGC